CAGUUGACCCCCGAAGAAGUAGAUGAAUUCCGAGAGGCUUUUAUGAUGUUCGACAAAGACGGGAACGGAACGAUCUCCACCAAAGAACUUGGCAUUGCGAUGCGAUCACUAGGACAAAAUCCAACUGAACAGGAAAUCCAAGAGAUGAUCAAUGAAGUCGAUAUGGACGGCAAUGGUCAGAUUGAAUUCCCUGAAUUUUGUGUGAUGAUGAAACGAAUGAUGAAGGAAACCGAUUCAGAAAUGAUUCGUGAAGCAUUCCGUGUAUUCGACAAAGACGGCAAUGGUGUGAUUACAGCUCAAGAAUUCCGAUAUUUCAUGAUCCAUAUGGGUAUGCAGUUCUCAGAAGAAGAGGUGGAUGAAAUGAUCCGCGAAGUUGAUGUUGAUGGUGACGGCGAGAUUGACUACGAGGAGUUUGUGAAAAUGAUGUCCGAACGAUAG